UUCUUGUCAGAUUGUUGUCUCCGGUCAACUUGCUUUGAAGACGGUUCUUUCGUGCGUGCGUGAGGCGGAGGAAGACUGGCGAAGAAGUGCUAAACUGUGUUAAGUGAUUUUGCGUAAAGUUUUACAUUUCUGGGAAAUUGCAGCUGGAAGUGAAUUAAAAUUACAUAAUAAUUGAUGCGGCAUAGCGUUGGCGUACGUGGGUUAUCAGUUUGCGACAGCGUAUGAUUGAUUGCGGUUGGAUAAAAGGUGUUGAAAGUGACCUACCGCAAUGGCCCUUCUGGGAGCGCAGUUGGUCAUCACGCUGAUUAUGGUCAGCGUGAUCCAGAAGCUUAGUCCACAUUUCUCACUGGCCAAAUGGAUUCUCUGUUCUACGGGGCUGACGCGAUAUCUGCACCCGACGGAUGACGAACUGAGGAAGCUGUCCGGUGUGCCCCGGGAGAAGGGUAAAUCCAAGAAGGACAAACGUAAUGGGCAUACCGAGCAAGGAAAAGCGUCGACGUUCCACGUUCCGAGGAGCCUGGACAUUCAGUUGGACACCGUUGGUAUUUCACCGUAUGACAUCGUUCAUUUGAGAUACUAUACGGAAUACCAGUGGCUGGUGGAUUUCAGCUUGUAUGCCUCGAUUGUCUACGUUAUAUCCGAGGUUUACCAAUUUUUCUUUCCACUCAAGGAGGAGUUCAACCUAAGCAUGUUGUGGUGCCUACUGGUCGUGUUCUUUGCAUUUAAACUCCUAGCAUCCCUCACGGUCCAGUACUUCCAAAGCGAGGAGUCCAUUGGGGAACGAUCGACCUGUAUCGUAACCGGUUUGAUUUAUCUGCUCAUUGCCAUGAUUAUUCUCAUCGUACCCGAAACAACUCUGGAAGUUGGCCUCGAUCGCGCCUACCGGAGCUUCAACGAAAGUGCUUCGGCAUUUUUGGAAACUCAAGGACUGAACUCAUCGGGACCAGCAUCCAAAAUUGUGGUGAAAUUUUUCAUUGCUGUCGGCUGUGGUAUUCUUGGAGCACUGUUCACCUUCCCUGGAUUGCGUAUGGCAAGGAUGCAUUGGGAUUCGCUCAAGUUUUGCCAAGACAGAAUUUGGUUAAAGUUUCUCCUGAAUCUCAGUUUUGCUAUGCCGUUCAUGUUGGUCCUUCUGUGGGUAAAGCCACUGAGCCGUGAUUACCUUACUGGACGUGUCUUCGCGGGAAUGUCAGCACCACUACUGUCUUCAGAGGCGUUCGAGACGAUUCGGUUGGCCGCGGUGGUGUUCGCCGUGGUGCUCCGAUUUCUGUUGAUGCCCAUCUAUCUGCAAGCCUAUCUCAAUUUGGCCUACGACCGCGUAGAGGAGCAGAAGAAGGAAGCUGGACGCAUUACAAACGUGGAUCUACAGAAGAAGAUCAGUUCCAUUUUCUACUACCUGUGUGUCGUCACGCUGCAGUACGUGGCACCGAUUCUGAUGUGUUUGUUCUUUGCGUUGAUGUACAAAACUCUCGGUGACUACACGUGGACUGGAUUCCUCCAGGAGGCGUUGCCUUUGGACGAGUGUUCCGCCGACUGGGACACACAGCGCGCAGUGGAAGCAGCGAGGGCAGCUGUUUCCUCAACACAAGACAGUGCCUCGACGGCAGACGAUGGCAAUAUUCUGUCCACAGCGCAGAGCAUUCAGCUCUCGCUACAAAGCCUUAAAUCGGUUUUCACCAAAGAUGUCUAUCGGGGGUUGUUCGGCUUUGCCACUUGGUGGAGCUGCUUCAUUUGGUUUGCGGCCAGCUCGCUCGGAAUGGUCUACCAGACGUAUUUCACAAAGUCGUAAAACAGUCUUCUAUGAUUUCACGUAUCACGUCCACAUUGUUUUAAGGAAAAGCGUCUGAAAGGCCGAGUUCGUGUUUUUGUCUAUCUAUUUAAUUUAUUAUUUUAUUUGUACAUCAAGCGAUUGGUUUUAGUUCUGAGAAAAUACACACUUUCAACUCAUUGGCUUUCUGCCUCCCCAUGUUUCGGCCAUCUGACGUGAGAUUGAUUUAUAUUCUGAGGGACAACGUAUCGCAUUUAAGCUACAAAAUGUGCAUUUUUAUCAGUUCAUCGAAGAAAAUGUCGAACCUAAUCAAGCACAAGAUAUACAUACAUUGUAAGUCAAAAUGAUCGAGUCAUGAUCUAACAUAUUAUCUAGUUUGUAAAGUCGAAAAAGGAGCCCAUCGUUUGUGUGUAAAUAGGCUCUAAACGUGGUAGAUUAGUCAUAUAAUAACGAAUGAUCGCAUGUUAUUGCAUUUUCUUUCAGUUUUUGGCUUUGAUUGUAGUUUAUUUAUAGUUCAGUGGCAAAGCAAAAGGUGAACAAUAAAUUUUAUAAUGAUUGAAA